GGUGAGCUUAUCCUCCCGUGUGUGUGAAAGGAAGGAACAGACGAAAGAGAGACCUGCUCACACACAGUCUCUCGCUCCCUCACACACACACACGCGCGCUCUCUUUCUCUCUUUUUGACGGGGAGAACCGGGAAGGGAAGAAUGAGGAAGAGGUCCGCUGCGCUACGCGCCUCGUCUCAGCGAAUGCGGGUUUGCUGAUGAAGCGCUGCUCCGGUCAUCCGAUCAUACAGGUCACUCAGGUCGCGCUGCAUGGAAACAAGGAGUAGGCAAGAAGAGCAAAAGAUAACUGCAACAAAUAAAGGGGAGGAAAAGUGUUUGUGCAUGGGAAUCCGGAGUACUCUUCCCUCCCUUUGUGCGUCUCGGUGGUUGGAUACGCUGCCUUGACUAGCGUAUAAGAGCUCCCUGCGUCUCCAUUAUCGUCCCUCACUACUGGCUUUACCUCGGCACUACUCCUCCUUCUCCUGCAAGUACUCCUUACAUUAGAAGAGCUGUAUUACUACUUAACUACGAGCCACCAACUCCGGAUUGGAAAGGUUCAACAACUACACUUCAGCUAAAAGUCUUGGAUUUACCAUCACCAUGGGCUACAGGUGUCACUCGUCUGUCCUGUCUCCUGCACUGAGACUAGCUGUUGUUACUGUGAUUCUCCUCCUGGAACCCCGGACCACGCUGGCUGGUGCCGCUCCCGAGCAAAGCCUGGGCAGCUCUGUUUCUGCCGUGUCUACAAAUAAAACGGAAUGCAGCAAACCUGAACAGUGUGAAAAUGGGGUGCUGCUACCCAUGUGGGAGCCGCAAAACCCAUCAUUUGGAGACAAGGUUGCCAGAGCAACGGUUUACUUUGUAGCUCUGGUCUACAUGUUCCUUGGUGUGUCAAUAAUUGCAGAUCGUUUCAUGGCAUCGAUAGAGGUCAUUACAUCACAGGAAAAAGAGAUUACUAUCAAGAAGCCCAAUGGAGAAACCACCAAAACUACGGUGCGAAUCUGGAACGAGACUGUAUCUAAUCUCACCCUCAUGGCUCUGGGCUCAUCUGCUCCUGAAAUCUUACUCUCUGUCAUAGAAAUAGUGGGUCAUGGGUUCCAUGCUGGCACACUGGGCCCCUCUACUAUUGUGGGUUCUGCAGCGUUCAACAUGUUUGUCAUCAUUGGGAUCUGUGUGUACGUUGUGCCCGAUGGAGAGACGAGGAAGGUCAAGCACCUCAGAGUCUUCUUUGUCACAGCCGCCUGGAGUAUCUUUGCCUACAUCUGGCUCUACCUGAUCCUGUCGGUGAUAUCCCCCGGUGUGGUGCAGGUCUGGGAAGGUCUGCUCACUUUCCUCUUCUUCCCGAUCUGCGUUGUGUUCGCAUGGGUGGCAGACCGUAGGCUGCUGUUCUACAAGUAUGUCUACAAGCGUUACCGCACUGGCAAGCAGCGUGGCAUGAUCAUUGAGACGGAGGGAGAUCGUCCACUUCCUUCCAAGGUGGACAUUGAGAUGGAUGGAAAGAUGCUAAACUCUCAUGGUGUUGACUUCCUGGAUGGUCCGCUGGGUUUGGAUAUUGAUGAAAAGGAUUUGGACGAGGAGGAAACCCGCAGAGAUAUGGCUAAGAUCCUGAAGGAGCUCAAGCAGAAACACCCUGACAAGGAGGUGGAACAACUCAUUGAACUUGCCAAUUACCAAGUCCUUAGCCAGCAGCAGAAAAGUCGAGCCUUCUAUCGGUGUCAGGCCACCCGACUCAUGACUGGUGCAGGCAACAUUCUGAAGAAACAUGCUGCAGACCAGGCACGAAAGGCUGUGAGCAUGCACGAGGUCCGCUCCGACGCUUGUGAUAAUGAUCCAAUCUCCAAGAUCUUUUUUGAGCCAGGCUCCUACCAGUGUCUUGAGAACUGCGGCACAGUGGCUGUAAAUGUGGUCCGGAGAGGCGGGGAUCUGGGCAAGACUGUGUCUGUGGAGUACCGGACGGAGGACGGCACUGCCAAUGCUGGUUCUGACUACGAAUUCACAGAGGGUGUGGUAGUGUUCAAGCCAGGCGAGACCAUGAAGGAAAUUCGUGUGGGAAUCAUCGAUGACGACAUUUUCGAGGAGGAUGAAAACUUCCUUAUUCAUCUGUCCAAUGUCAAGGUGUUAGCCUCAGAAGGCGAAGAGCCAGAAGAAAAUGAAGCAGCUAAUCAUGUUGACUCUAUUGCGUGUAUUGGCAUACCAUCAACAGCCACCGUUACCAUAUUCGAUGACGACCACGCCGGUAUCUUUACGUUCGAGGAGCCUGUUUGCCAUGUCAGUGAGAGUGUUGGUAUAAUGGAGGUGAAAGUGCUGAGAACCUCUGGAGCUCGCGGUGUGGUCAUGCUGCCAUACAAGACUGUGGAAGGGACUGCUCGAGGCAACGGGGAGGACUUUGAAGACACUCAUGGCGUCCUUGAAUUUCAAAACGACGAAAUCUUUAAAAUCAUCAAGGUGAAAAUAAUUGAUGACGAGGAGUAUGAGAAGAACAAAACCUUCUACAUUGAGAUUGGGGAGCCUCGCCUCGUGGAGAGCAAUGACGCCAAAGGUCAAGAAGAGGAGGAAAAGCCAAAGGCAGAAGGAGAGGAAGAAGAGCCACUAACGGGAAAAGAUGAAGAGGAGCGGCGUAUAGCAGAAAUGGGCCGUCCCAUGCUGGGAGAUCACGUCAAACUGGAGGUCAUCAUUGAGGAAUCAUACGAGUUUAAGAAUACGGUGGACAAGCUGAUAAAGAAGACCAACUUAGCUCUGUUGGUAGGUACCAACAGCUGGAGAGACCAGUUUAUUGAAGCCAUCACUGUGAGUGCAGGUGAAGAUGACGAUGAUGAAGAGUGCGGGGAGGAAAAACUGCCCUCAUGCUUUGACUACGUCAUGCAUUUCCUCACUGUGUUCUGGAAAGUUCUGUUUGCCUUCGUCCCCCCCACUGAUUAUUGGAGCGGCUGGGCCUGCUUCGUUGUCUCCAUCUGUAUGAUUGGACUGCUAACUGCUGUCAUCGGGGAUCUGGCCUCUCAUUUCGGCUGCAACGUAGGUCUGAAAGACUCCGUCACAGCAGUCGUAUUUGUCGCACUCGGAACUUCUGUGCCAGAUACCUUUGCCAGUAAAGUUGCGGCAACACAAGAUCAGUAUGCUGAUGCAUCCAUUGGGAAUGUGACAGGCUCCAAUGCUGUCAAUGUGUUUCUUGGCAUUGGGGUGGCAUGGUCCAUUGCUGCCAUCUACCACAACAGCAAGGGCCGCGAGUUUAAGGUUGACCCUGGCACUCUGGCUUUCUCCGUUACACUCUUCACCAUAUUUGCCUUUAUCACCGUUGCCACCUUGAUGUACCGACGGCGGCCAGAAAUCGGUGGGGAGCUUGGCGGGCCCCGGACUGCUAAGGUCCUGACCACCAUGCUGUUCAUCAGCCUCUGGCUCCUUUACAUUCUCUUCUCCUCACUGGAGGCCUAUUGCCACAUCAAAGGCUUUUAAGAGAAAGAAAGAUGCAGAAGAGAAGGGUGGGGCAGAAGAAAAAGGAUGAAAGAAAGGGAUAAACGGAAUGGAUUGUUGUUGAAAAUUAAGGUUGUCAUUGAUCUAUUACUCCCUCCCUUUGUGCAAUACAUGAAAUGACAAAUGGAUGUAUGUACAGAUGAAGAACCUUCCGAUGCGCUCAAAAUAGCAGCGGAGGGAAUCAAAGAUAAAUGGAAGAACAUCUUACUUGAGAUUCAAAGCCACUACAGAAAUUACUUCACUGAUGGCAAAAGGAAUACAAAAAAAAAAAUCCCCUUUCCCUUCUCACCACAAAUCCACACACAUCAUGCUGUCGAUGACAAAUUUUGGUUUAAAUUCAUAAAACAAAUUUACCAUAACACAAUAGUUGCAAUACAUGUCCUUUGUUUCAGAUGAAUCCAUGAUAGGAGAAUCCAAAUCAGCUUAUUGCGUUGGACUUUUAAAUAGAUCAUGAGUGCUCAUGGUUUGAAAAUGUGGCUUAAGCAGCAAUCUCUGCAGACCUCAAGUUGGAGCAAAGAUCCUCUUGUGUCCAGGUUCAAAAUACAGUUUCUGCACGCACGUUCAAAGCUAAAAAAUGUAAUAGACAAACAGGAUCCUUGGCCACAGCCAUUUAUUGACAACAAACUAUGUGUCUGCAGGAGUAUGGUGGUGUGUUUGAGGUGGGAAGAUGGUAAACUACUGUGAAAUAAAUGCCUCUUGUUUUUUCUGUUGCUGCGUAAGACAAAAAUGCUAUUGUGCUUGAGGUCUUCUUGACUCUCACAGCUUGUAGAAAUGCUGAAGUGGACUUCUGUUCUGGGAGGGGCCCGUUCCAUCUGACGAAACUUUGAUCCUUGCCGGGUUUGGCACUUGUAAAUACUAUGAGGAGGACAGGCGUUUCAGCUUGACUGGUUUCUUUCUGAAUGUCUUGGUUAUGCCACCGGCCCCUCAAAUGGGUCCUCGUUCUGUUGCUUUAUACUGUAGAUGUAAAUAAUUUAAGGUCCUUAUCUAAAUCAAAGUUGAUGGUGGAGGAUUUUGUGCUUUUACCUUUAAUAGGGCCAUGUCUGUGAGGACAAGAGGCCACUCUACCGUCAAAAACUGUUAGAGAAACCAUAGUUGUCGCGUUGCUAUUAUCCAUGUUAUCAUUGUGUGUUGGGGUUUCUUUUCUUUAAUGAAGGAAUCUCCUUUUUUAACUAUUGAGAUUUUCCACAAUCAUAUUUCAGUCAAAUCGUUGCCAUAUAAUUAGUAAAAAAA